AGGAGCGGAGCUGGGGCUGCGGGCCGCGCGGCAGGGACGGCGAGCGGCGCCGCAGGAGGCGAUGGGUACGCGCGCUCCGUCCCGCUGCCCAUCUGGUAUCCCCGCUCCCCUGCUAUAAGGAGCGGCGGUGGAGAAAAGAGACUGGGCACAGACAACCCCCGUCCCCGGGAGAACCUACUAGGAUUGGACCCCGCCGUGGUGCCUCGCGGACUCCCAGGGCGUGGAAGAGGAGCGGUUCCAGAGCGCGGCUCGGAGCAUGGGGACAGCGGCUGCAGGCGGUGGCUGCGGGGGUUGCCGGUGGCUCCCGUGGCUAGGACUCUGUUUCUGGGCAGCGGGGGCCGGGGCUGCCCGAGGAACAGACAAUGGUGAAGUUCUUCCUGAUUCCAUUCCAUCUGCCCCUGGAACACUGCCUCAUUUCAUAGAGGAGCCCGAAGAUGCCUACAUCAUCAAGAGCAACCCUAUUGCACUCAGAUGCAAAGCAAGGCCAGCCAUGCAGAUAUUCUUCAAAUGCAAUGGCGAGUGGGUCCAUCAGAAUGAGCAUGUCUCAGAGGAAAGUCUGGAUGAGAGCUCAGGAUUGAAGGUCCGGGAAGUGUUUAUCAAUGUCACCAGGCAGCAGGUGGAAGACUUCCAUGGGCCAGAGGACUACUGGUGCCAAUGUGUGGCAUGGAGCCACCUGGGGACUUCCAAGAGUAGGAAAGCUUCUGUACGCAUAGCCUAUUUACGGAAAAACUUUGAACAAGAUCCACAAGGCAGGGAGGUUCCAAUCGAGGGCAUGAUUGUGUUGCACUGCCGCCCACCAGAGGGAGUGCCUGCAGCAGAGGUGGAAUGGCUGAAAAAUGAGGAGCCCAUUGACUCUGAACAGGAUGAGAACAUUGACACCAGGGCUGACCAUAAUCUGAUCAUCAGGCAGGCCCGGCUCUCAGACUCAGGGAAUUACACUUGCAUGGCAGCCAACAUCGUGGCCAAGAGGAGAAGCCUGUCUGCAACUGUGGUGGUCUACGUGAAUGGAGGCUGGUCUUCCUGGACAGAGUGGUCAGCCUGCAAUGUUCGCUGUGGUAGAGGAUGGCAGAAACGUUCCCGGACCUGCACCAACCCCGCUCCUCUCAAUGGUGGGGCCUUUUGUGAGGGAAUGUCAGUGCAGAAAAUAACCUGCACUGCUCUUUGUCCUGUGGAUGGCAGCUGGGAAGUAUGGAGUGAAUGGUCAGUCUGCAGCCCUGAGUGUGAACAUCUUCGCAUCCGUGAGUGCACAGCUCCACCCCCAAGAAAUGGGGGCAAGUUCUGUGAAGGUCUCAGCCAGGAAUCCGAAAACUGCACAGAUGGUCUCUGCAUUCUAGAUAAAAAACCUCUUCAUGAAAUAAAACCCCAAAGCAUUGAAAAUGCCAGCGACAUUGCUUUGUACUCGGGCUUGGGUGCAGCCGUCGUAGCUGUUGCUGUCCUGGUCAUUGGCGUUACCCUCUACAGAAGGAGCCACAGCGACUACGGCGUGGACGUCAUUGACUCUUCUGCAUUGACAGGUGGCUUCCAGACCUUCAACUUCAAAACAGUUCGUCAAGGAAAUUCUCUACUCCUGAAUCCUGCCAUGCAGCCAGACCUGACAGUGAGCCGGACAUACAGCGGUCCCAUCUGUCUGCAGGAUCCGCUGGACAAGGAGCUCAUGACAGAGUCCUCACUCUUCAACCCUCUAUCUGACAUCAAAGUCAAAGUCCAGAGCUCAUUCAUGGUUUCCUUAGGAGUGCCCGAGAGAGCUGAGUACCAUGGCAAGAAUCACUCGGGGACUUUCCCUCAUGGCAACAACCGCGGCUUUAGUACAAUACAUCCGAGAAACAAAACGCCAUACAUCCAAAAUCUGUCAUCACUGCCAACGAGGACAGAGCUGAGGACGACUGGUGUCUUUGGCCAUUUAGGGGGGCGCUUAGUAAUGCCAAAUACAGGGGUGAGUCUACUCAUACCACAUGGGGCCAUCCCAGAGGAGAACUCUUGGGAGAUUUACAUGUCAAUCAACCAAGGUGAACCCAGCCUGCAGUCAGAUGGCUCUGAGGUUCUCCUGAGUCCUGAAGUCACCUGUGGUCCCCCAGAUAUGCUUGUCACAACUCCCUUUGCACUGACAAUCCCUCACUGUGCAGACGUCAGUUCAGAGCACUGGACCGUCCACUUGAAAAAGAGGACACAGCAAGGGAAGUGGGAGGAAGUGAUGUCAGUGGAGGAUGAGUCCACAUCCUGUUACUGCCUUUUGGAUCCCUUUGCCUGUCAUGUGCUCCUUGACAGCUUUGGAACAUAUGCCCUCACAGGAGAGCCAAUUACAGACUGUGCCGUAAAGCAGCUCAAAGUGGCUGUGUUUGGCUGCAUGUCCUGUAACUCCUUGGAUUACAACCUGAGAGUUUACUGUGUGGACAAUACUCCUUGUGCAUUUCAGGAAGUGGUUUCUGAUGAACGACACCAAGGCGGCCAGCUCCUGGAAGAACCAAAGCUGCUGCAUUUCAAAGGGAACACCUUCAGUCUUCAGAUCUCGGUCCUUGACAUCCCUCCAUUCCUCUGGAGGAUCAAACCAUUCACUGCAUGCCAGGAGGUCCCCUUCUCCCGCGUGUGGAGCAGCAACCGGCAGCCCUUGCACUGUGCCUUCUCCCUGGAGCGCUACACGCCCACCACCACCCAGCUGUCCUGCAAAAUCUGCAUUCGGCAGCUCAAAGGCCAUGAACAGAUCCUGCAAGUGCAGACAUCCAUCCUAGAGAGUGAACGAGAAACCAUCACUUUCUUCGCACAAGAGGACAGUACUUUCCCUGCACAGACUGGCCCGAAAGCCUUCAAAAUUCCUUAUUCCAUCAGGCAGAGGAUCUGUGCUACGUUUGAUACCCCCAACGCCAAAGGCAAGGACUGGCAGAUGUUAGCACAGAAAAACAGCAUCAAUAGGAAUUUAUCGUAUUUUGCUACACAAAGUAGCCCCUCUGCUGUCAUAUUGAACCUCUGGGAAGCUCGUCAUCAACAGGACGGGGACCUUGACUCACUCGCCUGUGCCCUUGAAGAGAUUGGGAGGACACACACGAAACUGUCGAACAUCACAGAGUCCCAGCUUGAUGAAGCUGACUUCAACUACAGCAGGCAAAAUGGACUCUAGUCUAUUCCCUCUCUUGAGGCAGCACCGGUGAUAGCCAGCUUCGGGGCAGUGGCUUCAAGUGGGGAAGAAGAGGCAGAUUUCUGCUGAGGGGCAUUUGAGGAAAUCAGCCUUUAUUGAGAGCCAGUGAGAAUCCCUGGUUGAAGAAAAUGAGUUUAAUGUAGGUAAAACAUGCCAAUAGCAGAGAACAAAACAAAACAAAAGACCCUGCUGUCUCCUCUGAGUCCACAUCGGUAAACCUUGGAUAUGCUCCUCAGAUGUGGACUGCUGAGGGAAAGAGUGAAGGUUACUGUAGAUAAAAGUAGUUCUGAAGAAUAGACACACUAUGACAAUGCUGGGAAGGCAGAGAUUAAGUGCACGUCUGGAAAUAGGUUUUUAAAGACUUACCCCACAAGGCUAGCUGAUUCUGAGACCAGAAUUUCAGUUUCUAACCAACUGGCAUCCAGGAUAUUGAAAAUCAUGGUAAAACUAGCUUUCAGAAGUGAAAUAAGAUUGCCAAACUCUUAGUGAUAUCACCAAUGCCAGGGAGGACAUUUAGAAUUUAGAGUCUGAGUACAUCACACCAGCACUUAUUAUAUGAGUCACUUAAUGGAAACCAGAUCAAAAAGCGAGAUAGACCUCAAACUAGCUCUUGGUACCUCACCUUCAUUUAUUCUUUUUCCUCCCAGAGACAAAACUCAUUUCUCUCCCCAUCCUGACAGGUUGCAGUAUGGAGGUAGUAAAGAAAAGGCUUAUACAUUUAAAUAUGGAAACAUAUUCCUCCUAACUCAACAGAUUAGAACAACCUCUGUUCCCAGCCAAGCCAUUCAAAUCUCUGAGUGUAGUUAGAAUACAGCUUACCCCAUGGAAUGGAGAUAGGAGAGGCUAGACAGGUCCAGGAAAAUAUGCAUACUACAGAUGUCCCAGGCUUCAAGAAAUCUCUGAUUGUAAGAGAUGGGUAAUUAACCCAAGUUCUCCAACAUUUUUUCCAUAAGAAAUGUGUUUUACUGUGUUUUGU